UCAGUCAAGAAGACGGAACCACAAAGAGGAGGAAACGGCCUGAAAAGUUCAGAUGUGUUUCCGGGUCUCUGCGCUUUUGUUUCUGCGUGUCGGUGUGAGCAGCUUCACCUGGACAGGUGAGUGCAGCGGGACCACGGGGACCAGCAGGGCUCAGGUGUGACCGGCAGUGAGGGCCUCGGCAGACGAACCCACAGACAGGAUCGUGUUCGUCUUCAGGUGUACACAUCUGCGCAUGCCCGAGUCUCCGUGAGGCCUCCACAGACACUCGCGUUCACAGUCUCUGACGUUCAGCCAUGGAUGAUCAUCUCUCCAUCGUCCUCCUGGGAAAAGUUGGAGUUGGUAAAAGUUCUUCAGGAAACACCAUCCUAGGACGAGCAGUGUUUGAGUCCAAACUGUCCCUCAGACCAGUGACCAAACUCAUCUGUGUGGAAACGGGAACUGUGUUUGGGAAGCAGGUCUCGGUGAUCGACACUCCAGAGAUAUUGGGAUCAGAGCAGCAGGUCCAGACCUUCUGUCAGUGUGUCCUGCAGUCUGUCAGACCUGUUCUGUUCCUGCUGGUGAUCAGAGUGGGUCGGUUCACCGAGGAGGACCACAGGGCCGUGGAAGCAGCGAGCAGAGCGGUCGGGCCUCACAGGCUGGAGAAAUGUUACCUGCUGUUCACGGGUGGAGAUGAACUCAAGACAUCAGUGGACGAUUAUGUUUUACAGAACAGAACAAGUUCACUUCCAGAUGUUGUAAAAAGGUUUUCACAGAGAACUCACCUGUUCAACAACAAAGAUGGAGGACGGGAACAAGUGAGAGAGCUGGUGCUGAAGGCGGGACACCUCCCCACAGGUGGAGCAGAACUCAGGAUGGUGCUGGUGGGGAAAACAGGAGUUGGGAAGAGUGCAUCAGGAAACACCAUCUUAGGGAGGAGAGUCUUUAGAUCUGCACGAUCUGCUGCCUCAGUAACAUCAGAGUGUGAGAAAGAAACAGGUCAGUUUGAUGGUCAGACCCUGGCUGUGAUUGAUACUCCAGGUCUGUUUGACACCCAUAGAAGUCAAAGGGAGGUGAUGACAGAGAUCGCUAAAUGUGUCGCCUUGGCUGCUCCUGGUCCUCAUGUGAUCCUGGUUGUGAUCCAGCCUGGCAGAUUCACUAAAGAAGAAGAAGAAACACCGAGAAUCAUUCAUCAGAUGUUUGGAGAAGAAGUAGCAGGUUACACCAUGGUCCUGUUCACCCGUGGAGACGACCUGGAGGCUGAUGGAGUCACCAUAGAGGACUAUAUCACACAGUGUCCAGCUCUCCGUGACUUCAUCUGUCAGUGUGGUGGAAGAUAUCAUGUUUUUAACAACAGAAGCAGAGAUCCUGCUCAGGUCAGAGAGCUGCUGGAGAAGAUCAACACCAUGGUUCAGAGAAACGGAGGAAGCUACUACAGCACUGAGAUGUUCAGACAGGCUGAGAGAGCCAUCAGAGAAGAAGAGAUGAGACUUCAGAGAGAACAUCUUGAGAUGUUAGAAGACAGGCUGAGAGAGAGGAGACGCCUUCUGAUAGAAAAUCUGACGCAGUGUGUUCUUCACUGAUCUUCAUCAUUAAUUAUUAUUAAUCAUCGUCAUGAAGACAAAGAAGGAAAAUGUUCAUUUGACCUGAUUAAAAGCUGACAGUCUGAUUAUUGAUCAUGUGAUUAUUAUUAUUAAACAGCUGUUUGAUCCUGUGA